AUACUUCAGUGCAUUAUCACUUUUCAAAAUUUUCUUAAAUAAAAUAAUAACUUUCAUAUCUUUUUAAAAAUUUCUUUGCAUCUAAAUUAUCAGUGAUCAAUACUAAGCACAGUAACUUUAUGGAAUGGACAAUUUUGGUAUCAAUCGCUUGAAUCUUGCCGAAAUUUUCAAAAAGCAUAUGUCAGGACAUCGUGGUAUGAGGUUCUUUCACCCAACUAUUAUCCAACAUAAUAAUAAUAAUAAAACGGAAGAUAUCAAUCGCUACAACCUUCAGGAAAGACUGCAAACUAUGAUCGCGCAUGUCCAUUCUCAAAUAAAAGAAAGCGAAUAUUAUCUAAAUUCUGCUAUAGAGGCUCAAAUAAGUUCUAAUUCUGAUAAUAAACCACAAGCUAAGGUGAAAUCCUCCAUCCAUAAAGAAAUGGCUGCUAGACCUAAAAGAAAUUCCAUUAUCAAUAUCAUUGCAGAGGAUAAAAUAAAGAAGAAAGUUCUUAAUGACAACCUCUCUAACAUAACCCUUAGUAUUCCACGCCUGAAAGUCCUCUGCCAGGACAAAGAACAGAAACGUUUGUGUUGUACCAUUCCACCAUACAAAGAUGAUAAUAAUUAUAUUCAUCAAAAAAGAUUGGCAGAAAUUAAACAGAAGAAUGCACUUCUCAGUUCCAUGGUAGAGGAUCAAAAACAAUUGCAGCUUGACAGACAAUCCAUAACUCGGGAAGUCUGCAUUAUCCGCAAUAACAUUGAGAAUAUAAGAGGACGUUUGGAUACUUCAAUUAAGAAACUGCGAGAAACAAAAUUCAUAGCAAAGUAAAGAAAAAAAACGCCAAUUCAAUACAAAAAAACCUUAAUAAAAAAUGUAAAGUUUUGAAUAGCUCAUAAAUGGAAGAA